UUCCUGAACAGGGCUCGCUCUAGGACCCAGUGAGAGAGAGACUAGGGGGCGCAGUGAUAUUUUUAAUCUGACCACAGAGCCUGUUAACUCGCUGCUGCUGUUUCCUCGAAACUGAAGACAGCUCUGACAGAAGUGCCUUGUACCUUAGCAUAGUUCCUCAUCCUCAGUGUGAUACUAACCACUGUAGGGUAGUACCCCAGGCCGCUUGGAGCAGAGACACCCCCAGGCCCCAGACAGCGGGCCCCCCCUCCAUGGCCCCGUGGCCCUGUGUGUCCUGACAUGCCAGGCAGCAGCAGCAGCACAUGCCAAGCCCCAGCAGGCCAGCCAUGGAGCAGCAAGCCUGGAUACUGAGGGGCUUCCUGGCUCAAGUGGAGAGCAAGGAGGCUGAGGUGGAGGAGGCGGAGAGUGGCUUCACCGGGGAGUUCUUGAGGCUCAAACGCCAGUCCAUCAAGUACCGCACUGACAAAACCUACCCCACAAAGAUAGCAGAUAAGCAGGAGAACGUGAAGAAGAACCGAUACAAGGACAUUGUUCCCUUUGACCACAGCAGAGUGAAGCUGUCCCUUACCACCUCCAAGAACGAUAACGACUACAUCAAUGCCAGCUUCAUCAAGGGAGUGUCAGGGGCCAGGGCCUACAUUGCCACUCAGGGCCCUCUUCCCCACACCGUGCUGGACUUCUGGAGGAUGCUCUGGGAGUACGACACAGAGGUCAUAGUGAUGGUUUGCAGGGAGUUUGAGAUGGGCAGGAAAAAGUGUGAGCGCUACUGGCCAAAGAAACAAGAGGAACCUUUUGUGUGUGACCCGUUUACUAUUUACUGCGACUCAGAGGAGAGUAAAGGAGACUAUGUGAGCAGGAACCUAAGAGUGACCUACCGCAAUUGGAGUCGUACCCUGAGACAGCUGCACUAUAUCAACUGGCCGGACCACGGGGUCCCAGACACCAUCCCUCCCAUCCUGGAGCUCCUGCAGGAGAUGAGAACUUACCAGGCCCAUGAGGAUGUACCCAUCUGUAUCCACUGCAGUGCUGGCUGUGGAAGAACAGGAGCACUGUGUGCCAUCGACUAUACCUGGAACCUGGUGAAAACACAGCUGCUCACAGAAGACUUCAACAUCUUUGACCUGGUCAAAGACAUGAGAACACAGAGGCCUUCUGUGGUUCAGACCAAGGAACAGUACGAGCUACUGUACAGAACCAUCAAGUUCCUGUUUGAGAAGUACCUGCAGUCCAUGGCACCAGUCCCCCCUUCCUGUACAGAGGAGGUGCCAGUGGCCCCCUCACCCCCUACAGCCAGUGACAGUGAGCUCUCUGACCUCAGUGAGGAGUCUGAAGCUGAACAGGAACCAGAACCUGAGCCCCAGCCUAAAAUGGAACCACAGACAGAGCACAGGCACACAGAGAGCGAGGAGCCUGGUGGGAUAUCCAAUCACGCUGUACCAGUGGCCUUCUUUUCCCCAGAACUGCAUGUUGACCCACUGUGUGACGCGGCUAAGUGCUCCCCCUCAGCCAUCCUCAAUGCUCUGAGAGCUAGGGACAGGCAGAGGGAACAGCAGAGACCAUACUCCCUACCAACACAGACUGUGAACCAGAAACCACAACCCCGAAAGAAACAGCCCAAUAACAUGGCCGUCAAUCAGAGACCACCAUACCCGCCACCGACACAGCCUAAUUACCAGAUUCCUUAUUUCCUACACACACAGCCUGCUAACCUGCCCAACAGCCAGGACCUGAGACAAGAGCCCAGCCCCAAUAUCCCCAUCAUACCCCCUCAGGCACUCAGGCCUCAGGUGUUCUCUCAGAUAGCCAUGGAGCAAGAGAAGGUGGAGAUGGAUGGAGAGAUCACCACACUGGUAAUACCAGUGCUUCCUGUGGACUUAUUCUCCAACCCCCUCUGUCUCACCAUGGAGGACCCCUACUUUGGGCCUGACUCCCCCCUGGCUGCUGAGGAUCCCAGAGGGUCUGAUGAUGAGGAGGAGCAGGCUCCACUGAGCCAGUGGACAGAGAACCCCUGUUUCAACGGACCCAGUCUGACCCUUAACAGCCAGCUGAUGGAGCUGCCAGCCCUCACCACCACCCGCGCUGCCCCAGGUGCAGUUUCUUCAGAUGAAGACAGUCCACCUCCAUUACCUGAGAGAACUGCUGAAUCAUAUGUACUGGCUGCUGGUGCAGAGCGCUCGGAUAACAUCUCUAAACCUAAGAUGUUAGAAAUCAUCCUCCCUUCUAAUGCUGAAGCUGAGGCCCUCAUGGGGGGGAAUGGGAGUCCCCCGUCGCCUAUCCCCCCACUGCCAGAGAGAACGCCAGAGUCCUUUGUGUUGGCCAACGAUGCCGGUAGGAGCACUCCUGUCUUCCCUCCCCUUUCAGUCCCUGUAGAGAAGAUGGUCCAGGACAGGCCAAAGGACAGCAGGAUUGGAACAUCCUUGGAAUGGUGUGGCCGUUUAGGGGACACACCAGCUCUGGUGGAGAUGAGAUCUUGGACGAGGAGCAGGAGCUUAAAAGUUAAAAUGACAACACUCUCAGUAUCACCCCCGGUUACAGUAUCACCCCCGGUUACAGUAUCACCCCCGGUUAUAGUUCCUCCCCUAGUUGUAUCUUUGGUUCCUGCUCCCUGUACAUCUAUAAACCUUCCUCCUCCCCCUCCCCCUCCCUAUCCUCUGGUCCCUACUCUCUCACCUCCAGAGAGACUGACUCCUCCUCUACCUGAGAGAACCCCAGAAUCCUUCAUCGUGGUCAUGCAGGACGGUGAGCACAUCUCUUCAUCACCACCACCUUCGCAAUCAUCAUCAUCAUCAUUUGCAUUUGAUCAAAACAGCACGCCCUGCCUGCAGAGUCUGAGCAGCCAGACCACAACCACACAGCAGAGGAUCGGUACGUCCUCAGAGUGGUCGGGGAACUCCCAACCCAAAAGAUUCCUGGAUGGAAUCAUGAAUCGGAGCAAGAGUGUCCGGGCAAAGAGUUCACGGAAAGAGCACCUGACGACUGUUCAUCUGGUUGCUCCAGCCGUUGUGGCCUUGGCGACAAGAGGAAGUGCUGAGAUGGAGCAUCAGCAGCCUGUGGUCACCAACAUCUCAACUGGCUCUGGGACUACUGACAACAAAUCAGACAUGAACAGUGGGAAGAGCAUGUCUAGAACAAAGAGCCUGAAGUUCUUCAAGCACAGACAGAAACCAAAGACAGCUCCCCCACCAGCAACAACCCACUCUGGAUCACCUCCUUCUAAUGGUGCCUCUGCCUCAUCAGUGUUCAAAUUUGGAUUUGGGAGUCGUUUUGUGAAGCCUAAAGGGCCGAGGACUCACCCCGAGACGUGGUUUUAAGACAGCCAGUCAACAAAGCUGUACAUGUCUGGCCACUGUCCUGAGAUCACAGGGCUGGAACCCUGCAUGUGGCUAGUCGAAACCGGCUAGCCUGGUCCCAGGCCUGUUGGUGCUGUUUUGCCAACUCCUGUGUCGUUAUCAAGUGAGACCAGUAACCGUUCCCAGAGGAAUUAUCACAGUGUG